AUGUCGAGCAGGAAGGAUAUGCGGAGGGCUGAUCUCAUCAUCCCAUACCAAACUCCCACCGCGAAAGAAUCCCCAGGCGAUAUCAGCGGUACCCUAGGAAGCACCCUGCCCAUGGCUGCCAUGUUCACGCGCAAUAGGUUCAUCGGAUGGGCAUCUCUUGCAUUGGCGAUCCAGAACUGGCUGGGAGAGAGUCAAGAGGCGAAGAGAACUGCGAGUCAACCAGCCUAUUUCUCCGUGGGUAUGGGAAAACAUGUGCGCGCGGUUGAUGCAGGUCUUUCUGAGCUUGAGAAGCUUGAGAGUGUGCGCCCGGAGUGGAAGGAUACUACUCUGCAAAACGCCCUGGCAUCUGGACGGCUUGCUUGCAUGGUAUUCAGUCUAUCAUUGACCAUAGAUCGCUCUCAAGAAAGAGGGUUGGUUGGCUUUGUUUCCUAUGAAUAA